CCUUCGGCAUUUCACAGAACAGCGAGCGUUUGUAAACUGACGACCUUGGAGUAUGAGUAUUCUUUGCUGACGACGCCGUUUGUAAAAAAUGCUUACUCAUACAAUUUGCCUGCGACUAAUCCAUAUCUAUGACCGUGACUGCUUUAUUAUAAACCGUGAGCGUGACUCAUAUUCGUUAUUUCGUAAUAAUUUACAAUACAUACUCUCUGUGUUGUUCUACUCUCAGUGACGAUACGAUAGCCAUUUGAGUAGGGCAUUUAUUUCAAUAUGCGGAGAAGACAAGUGAAUGCAUUUUAUUUCUUUACGCUUGACUUCAGAGAACGACAAAAGAAAUUUGGAAUUCAGUAUGAAAACUUAAGAGAAGUCUCUGAAGCUGCAGGUCCUUCGUGGAGGGAGGCACCACCAGAUGUACGUGCCCAUUUUGAAGAAAUGGCUCGCCCAAAAAAAUUGAAAAGAAAUGUACCUGUCCAAUGUUCUGAGAUAGAACGACAAGAGAGAGAGUUGCGUGAAGCAGAGGAAGCCGAGAGAGAGUACAUUAAUAAUGUUAUAAAAUUGAAGUCUUUUAAUUCAGAAAUUAUACACGAGUACUUUUAUUUGAUGGAUGUUAACUACUACUAUAAGGUCAACUCGGAUUACCUAAUAGGGGAAUGUACCGCUCUACGCUUCAAUGUUAAAAAUGGCAUCAAAGAUCAAUUUCAUGCUAUGAUCAACCCAGGUCCAAUACCAGUUGGAUAUGCUUAUGAUGUCAAAGUCGGAGCUCAUGAACUUGGGCUGGAUAUGCCGGAUGCAAUUACUUAUAAGACAUUGCCAUACAUAGACACUUUAGCCAUCAUCGUCGACUACCUGAAGCAUGGCCUUCCGACUUCUAGCAAGACAGUACCACCGAUUUACACAAUGCCAGAGAAGGUGCAACCAGUCCUGAAUUUUAUAUUGCAAAUGUGUGCAAAGACAGGUGAAGACGACGGCAUGUUCCGCGUGUACAAGCUUGACACGCUGUUCUACACGCUGCUGAAUGGCAUCAAGAACCGCGGCGACGAGGGAUUCCCCCGCGAGUCGUUGGCGCUCGCGCAGCUGAAGAAGGACCCAUUCCGGUACACGCCCGGCUUGGGGUGCCGGCACCACGAGGACAUAGACAAGGCUGCGGAGUGCACUUCCUCUCGCGUGAAGCGCUGGGCCUACACCAUCAUGGACAGCUGCUGCCCCGUGGUCGGCGUGGACAUGCUGCCGUCGAAGCAUGUCCCCGGCGACUUCGACCUGGACGUGAGUGUUGCAGGAGUCACUAGCACCGCGGGACAUAGACAAGGCUGCGGAGUGCACUUCCUCUCGCGUGAAGCGCUGGGCCUACACCAUCAUGGACAGCUGCUGCCCCGUGGUCGGCGUGGACAUGCUGCCGUCGAAGCAUGUCCCCGGCGACUUCGACCUGGACGUGAGUGUUGCAGGAGUCACUAGCACCGCGGGACAUAGACAAGGCUGCGGAGUGCACUUCCUCUCGCGUGAAGCGCUGGGCCUACACCAUCAUGGACAGCUGCUGCCCCGUGGUCGGCGUGGACAUGCUGCCGUCGAAGCAUGUCCCCGGCGACUUCGACCUGGACGUGAGUGUUGCAGGAGUCACUAGCACCGCGGGACAUAGACAAGGCUGCGGAGUGCACUUCCUCUCGCGUGAAGCGCUGGGCCUACACCAUCAUGGACAGCUGCUGCCCCGUGGUCGGCGUGGACAUGCUGCCGUCGAAGCAUGUCCCCGGCGACUUCGACCUGGACGUGAGUGUUGCAGGAGUCACUAGCACCGCGGGACAUAGACAAGGCUGCGGAGUGCACUUCCUCUCGCGUGAAGCGCUGGGCCUACACCAUCAUGGACAGCUGCUGCCCCGUGGUCGGCGUGGACAUGCUGCCGUCGAAGCAUGUCCCCGGCGACUUCGACCUGGACGUGAGUGUUGCAGGAGUCACUAGCACCGCGGGACAUAGACAAGGCUGCGGAGUGCACUUCCUCUCGCGUGAAGCGCUGGGCCUACACCAUCAUGGACAGCUGCUGCCCCGUGGUCGGCGUGGACAUGCUGCCGUCGAAGCAUGUCCCCGGCGACUUCGACCUGGACGUGAGUGUUGCAGGAGUCACUAGCACCGCGGGACAUAGACAAGGCUGCGGAGUGCACUUCCUCUCGCGUGAAGCGCUGGGCCUACACCAUCAUGGACAGCUGCUGCCCCGUGGUCGGCGUGGACAUGCUGCCGUCGAAGCAUGUCCCCGGCGACUUCGACCUGGACGUGAGUGUUGCAGGAGUCACUAGCACCGCGGGACAUAGACAAGGCUGCGGAGUGCACUUCCUCUCGCGUGAAGCGCUGGGCCUACACCAUCAUGGACAGCUGCUGCCCCGUGGUCGGCGUGGACAUGCUGCCGUCGAAGCAUGUCCCCGGCGACUUCGACCUGGACGUGAGUGUUGCAGGAGUCACUAGCACCGCGGGACAUAGACAAGGCUGCGGAGUGCACUUCCUCUCGCGUGAAGCGCUGGGCCUACACCAUCAUGGACAGCUGCUGCCCCGUGGUCGGCGUGGACAUGCUGCCGUCGAAGCAUGUCCCCGGCGACUUCGACCUGGACGUGAGUGUUGCAGGAGUCACUAGCACCGCGGGACAUAGACAAGGCUGCGGAGUGCACUUCCUCUCGCGUGAAGCGCUGGGCCUACACCAUCAUGGACAGCUGCUGCCCCGUGGUCGGCGUGGACAUGCUGCCGUCGAAGCAUGUCCCCGGCGACUUCGACCUGGACGUGAGUGUUGCAGGAGUCACUAGCACCGCGGGACAUAGACAAGGCUGCGGAGUGCACUUCCUCUCGCGUGAAGCGCUGGGCCUACACCAUCAUGGACAGCUGCUGCCCCGUGGUCGGCGUGGACAUGCUGCCGUCGAAGCAUGUCCCCGGCGACUUCGACCUGGACGUGAGUGUUGCAGGAGUCACUAGCACCGCGGGACAUAGACAAGGCUGCGGAGUGCACUUCCUCUCGCGUGAAGCGCUGGGCCUACACCAUCAUGGACAGCUGCUGCCCCGUGGUCGGCGUGGACAUGCUGCCGUCGAAGCAUGUCCCCGGCGACUUCGACCUGGACGUGAGUGUUGCAGGAGUCACUAGCACCGCGGGACAUAGACAAGGCUGCGGAGUGCACUUCCUCUCGCGUGAAGCGCUGGGCCUACACCAUCAUGGACAGCUGCUGCCCCGUGGUCGGCGUGGACAUGCUGCCGUCGAAGCAUGUCCCCGGCGACUUCGACCUGGACGUGAGUGUUGCAGGAGUCACUAGCACCGCGGGACAUAGACAAGGCUGCGGAGUGCACUUCCUCUCGCGUGAAGCGCUGGGCCUACACCAUCAUGGACAGCUGCUGCCCCGUGGUCGGCGUGGACAUGCUGCCGUCGAAGCAUGUCCCCUGCGACUUCGACCUGGACGUGAGUGUUGCAGGAGUCACUAGCACCGCGGGACAUAGACAAGGCUGCGGAGUGCACUUCCUCUCGCGUGAAGCGCUGGGCCUACACCAUCAUGGACAGCUGCUGCCCCGUGGUCGGCGUGGACAUGCUGCCGUCGAAGCAUGUCCCCGGCGACUUCGACCUGGACGUGAGUGUUGCAGGAGUCACUAGCACCGCGGGACAUAGACAAGGCUGCGGAGUGCACUUCCUCUCGCGUGAAGCGCUGGGCCUACACCAUCAUGGACAGCUGCUGCCCCGUGGUCGGCGUGGACAUGCUGCCGUCGAAGCAUGUCCCCGGCGACUUCGACCUGGACACCAUCAUAAAUUUUAGAGAGCAAAAGAAAGAAAGAGCUGGGCCAUCAGUUGCUGUUCCUCGGUGCGGGGAACCUUCUAACGCCUCAGCCAGCGAUAUCAAUCAGUCUUCGUUCAACGAGUCUGCUAAUAGCCGUGGCUUAGCGAGCAGCUUAAACAAAAUGCAUAUUGGUAACCAAAGAAGUAAACGUAGACACCUUUAAUCUCGUCUUGACCUGUACUCAAUCUUGACUGCUAACUUUAUUUUAAGACUUCCUCUUGUGCUGUAGGACUUAGAUACAAAUAUUCUAUUAAUAUUUACACUUCGUGUAUCUAAUACACUUUAGUCAGGACUUAAGGCGAUUAGAGUCCUCAAUCCGCGUCAAAUGGGCAUUUUGUAAAGCCUACUCCUCUUUUACUGCUGGACAGAAAUAGUUGAAAAAAAUAUGUGUUUUGCGCAUCUACAAUUCAUUCAAAUUUGAGUAUUUUGGAAGCUUGCUAAGAGCAUUAAUUAUUAUUAAGUGGGCUAGUAGUAUUUUUCCCGCCGCUUUUACAUUCUCAUUCGUUCAUAGACUUGCAUGUACUAAAGUGAUGAAAUUAAAGUUUUGUUAUGUUAAAAAUUACGUAAAUUUGUAGUUGAAAAUGAAGAAUAAUAACAAAGCGUUAACGAUUCACGAUGACAUUCGAUAGACGUAUUGCUUCGUUUUUAAGCGCGAUUGGUCCAAUCGUCAAAAAUACACAAAUUCGCGAUUAGUCCAAUUCGCGAUUGGUUUAAUUCGCUAUUGGUCCAAUUCGUAAUUGGUCCAAAAUGAAAGAAAUAAGGAGGUUAUUCAACUUUUACUAACUUUACUUUUUUUUGUAGAAUGAAUUGUAGAUGCUACAGUACUGUACUACAGUUUUUGUAGAUGCGCAAUCGUUAUAAAUAAAACAAUAAGAAUAUCAAUACAUUUUGAUAGUUAUUUCGUGUAAUAAAGAUACGUUCAUUUAAAAUAAUCACGAACAAGACGAUGAAUUAUUUUAUGUAAAUUAUGAAUAACGGAAGUAAUUGGUAUGAAAGAAGUGCUAAAAGAUAUGAAAUUUUGUUUAGUUUCUAAAAUCAAUCGAGUUUAAAAACAAAAUCUUUUGUCUCCUAUCGAAAGUGAAGGAACAAGAGUUUGCCAGUGUGUUAUAUCUAGGCUUAAGUUUUAAAUAAUACAAUUUUUAUGUUAUUGUUAUUAGUUUUUCUAAACCAAAGCUAUGUCAUGUCAUUAAUAUUUAUUUAGAACAGAUUUAUAUAUAAACUUUAUUUUAACACAUUAUAAAUGUUAAGCCUAACUAGUUUAAACAUGUCCGUCCUAUCAAGACCGAUGUCAUUAUUUUUAAGGUAAUUGUUCAAAAUUCAAAAUAUGUAUUUAUUGCUUACUAAGUGACAAUUAUUUGUAAUGGUGUAAAUUACAUAACGAGCUUUAUAUAUUAUAGAUAUACAGGACCUUAAAAACUUAGUUACCUGAGUGGUAUCGCAAUAGAGUAGGCGGCUAUUUAAACAUUAAUGGUAGUAUUAUUAAUAUUAAUUAACUAUACUCAACAUCAAAUAAAUCGCACCUUCCGCGACGCGAACUUAAAAGAUUUUCUUCUGACACAAUCGUGGUGCCCCAACAAUAUUGGUGUUAUUUAAAAGCCCAAUAAAUAAACUGAAAGAAAAACUCGUUUAAUUUUUUUAUAAAGAAUUAACAGGUACCAUAAAUGUGACUUGAAAAAAGGCCUCACUUGGGGCUCACCUCUGGGACCAAGUAGACCAAUUUUUGUGGUUAUAAAACCAAAUAAUAAUCUCACGUGUCCUUUUUAACAGAUGGAUAGAAAUUAAUCCCAAUUUAACAGUUUUAUAGCCAUAAAAGUUGAUUCAAGCGUAACUACCUAUUUUUUGAAGAAGUGACUGUGUCCUUCUAAAGACACAUUUUUGGGGUAAAAAACUUUCCUUUAAUGAAAUGAAGUUUACAACUAGGCUUUCAAAUGGUACCAAUGUUGGUGGGAAGUGGGGAUGCAUACGUUUGAUAAGUGCUUGUCGCGGGAGGUGCGAUUUAUUUGAUGUCGAGUGUAUACAGUGUGAGUCACGUUAAAGUGUACAUAUGAAAAUAGAUGAAACUAAACCUAUUUUUAUGGACAAAAAAGAGGUCAAAUUUUUUUUGAGAUUUUAUUUUAAUUUUUUAUAGAAUUUUUUUUCUUCCAAUUACUUAUUGUAAAGAAAACGUAAUAACUUUUAAACUAAGCGGUAUAUCCUGAUAAAAAACCGGCCAAGUGCGAGUCGGACUCGCGCACCGAGGGUUCCGUACCAUUGAUUUAUGAAAUUAAAAUUAUAAUUUUUAAUUUAAGUUAUUAGUAUGAAAGAUUACGCGGUAAUAAGCGGUUUACGAUUUACGAGGUAUUAAAAAAAACUACUUACUAGAUCUCGUUCAAAACAAUUUUCGUUGGUAGUUUUUAUAGUAAUGUACAGUCACGGAAUGAAAAGGUUCGUCAGUUUUCAAAUUGAUUCUUUCAACGAAUCGCGAGCACAUAUUACCUUUUGAAACUAUGUUACAGAAUAAUCUCGAGUUAGAGAAAAUUAUCUUUAACUGUUCGCCAGUAAAGUUCAAAAUUAUUCAGAUCAAAGUUGUUUUUGAUUUAACUUGUCAAGAAGAUUAUUAUGAUUGAUAAACUAAAACCUUCUUGUUGGUUCAACCUGCCAUUAUCUAUUAAAUAAAAAAACUACAUUUUGUAACAUUGCACUGAUGAUGAUGGGAUAGAAAAAUAAACAAGCAAAACCUUAUUCGUUAGCAAACGUCAUACUUAUUUAAAUGUUAGCAGCACUGUGUCUUGCACGGUGAUGUUGGCAGGUUUGACUCUUACAGUACCUAGUGCAAGCGAAAACCGACACUAAGGUGACGAACCUUUUCAUUCCGCGACUGUACAUCAUGUUUUUUUUAGAUUUUUCAUUUUGUUAUUUUAGAAGUUAGAGGGGGGGGGGGACCAACUUUUUUCCACUUUGGAAGCGUCUGUCACGCAAACUAUUCGGUUUAGAAAAAAAUGUUUUAGAAACCUCGAUAUCAUUUUUGAAGACCUAUCCAUAGAUACCCCACACGUAUGUGUUUGAUGAAAAAAAAAGUUUGAGUUUCAGUUCUAAGUAUGGGGAGCCCCCAAUAUUUAUUAUUAUUUUUUUAUUUUUGCAUCAAAAUCUUAAUGCGGUUCACAGAAUACAUCCACUUACCAAGUGACAUCUUUUAGUAAUAAAUACUUUUUUACUUUACUAUCUGUUUACGGUAGGUACUUUUUAAUGAUACUUACGCUUAUUACACUUGCGUAGCUACUAGGACCUGUGAUACUACAUUGUGAUAGAAUAAUGAUUAUGCGUAAAAGCAUGGUUUAGUUAAUAAUGUUUAAUAACCUAGGUUCUGUAAGAUUAUUUAUUUUUCGGAAAGAAAGUAAUUCGUGUAAAGGGUUUUUUUAUUAAUGACAGCGUAAUUAAUUAGUUUUUAGAACAAAAACUAUACUGGUAAGGUGAUAUUAAGGUGUAAGUGACUAAUUUAAGUACUCGUACUCAUUUCAUUUUUACAAACUGGGUAGAAUUGGAUUAAGCUUAGUGCAGUCGUAGUCGUUGAACUCACAGUAGAGUUGAAUGACUCAUGGGCGAUCGCGGGUUGCGGGGCGUGGGGGCAGCGCCCGAGCGUGUGCGCGUGUUAGAGUAUAAUAUGUUACGGUUAAUGUGAUAAAUUGAAAAUUAUGAAUAAACGCCGGUUAUUAUGAAUAAUUACCGACAGGCUUGGUAAAAGUGAUAAAUUAAUAACAUUUAUCAGUGAUUAUUUCAUAAUGUAAUCUUAUUACUAACAAAUACCAUAAAAGAGAACACCGGCUCGUGUACAGCCUCAUAUUUUGAACGUUUUAAUAUCAUAUAUUAAUAUAAUUUGGCAAAAUGAGUUUGGAAUGUUUUUUGCAUAACAUUACCUUGCCAUAAUGCCUAUAACACAUUGUUUUGAUUUAAAGUGAAAAAUAGGAUAAGGUGCGGCGGGCCGCCUAUUUAGUUUAUAUGUUACGGUUAAUGUGAUAAAUUGAAAAUUAUUAAUAAUAACCGGUUAUUAUGAAUAAUUACCGACAGUCGCGGUGAAAGUGAUAAAUUAAUCACAUUUAACAGUGAUUAUUUAAUAAUUAGUACUAACAAAUUUCAUAAAAGAGAACAACAUCUUGUGUACGUGCUCGUGUACAGCCAAACUUUAGAACGUUUUGAUAUCAUAUAUUAUUAUAAUUUGGCAUAAUGAGUUUGGAAUGUUUCUUGCAUAAUAUUACUUUUCCAUAAUGCCUAUAACAUAAUGUUUUGAUUUAAAGUGAAAAAUAGGUUAAGGUGCGGCGGGGGUGGCCCUUGGGCCACCCCUAAACCGCCUAUUUAGUUUUAUACACACAUAAAUGACCUCAUAUUAAUCACAUUCACCAAAUCAUGCGGUAAUUAUUCAUAAUAACCGUCGAUUAUUCAUAAUUUUCACAUUUAUCACUUUGACCGUAACAUAUAUAUUGUUUAAUCAUACUAUUAUUAUGCUUGUUAUGCUAUUUAUAUUUUAUUAUUAUUGUGAUGUGAUUUAUUGUGAUAUUGUAUUAACACCUGGCUAUGUGGCUGCGCUAGGCCUAUUUAUAUUGACACCUUGCUAAUUGAUGGUGACUUGCCACGGGGUCGCACUAUGAACCAAAAGCCCAAUCUAGCUGGACAAAAAGGGUCAUCGCAUAUCUUUCAUUCGUUUAGCAAAAACGAUAGCUUAAUAACCAGAGGUUACGAUUCAGUCAUUAUUUUUAGCAACUAUCCUCUGAUAAUUUAGUAAUUUUAAGACGAACUUGAACAAGUGAGUAUUUUACGAUCAAAUUAUUCACUUUCUUGAGGUUGAUAUAUCAGUGUCUCCUGAUUAAUUCUAAUACAAUUGUGAAAAUUUUUGUUAUGGAUCGUGAAGUAGAAGGUACGUAUUACAUAUCAAACCAAAAAAAUGUUCCUAAAGUCUAUUAAUUAAUUAAGAUACAUGUAGAAAUAAAAUGAAAAUUCGUAUUUUUUCACGUUUUUCUGUAUUUGCGAGACCAGGAACUACAUGGCCCCUCAUGUCCCCGGGCUGGAUUUUAUGUGAGCUUCAAAAAAUAGUAGGUUGUAGACAGCACACUGAAGCACAACUUUGAUUUUUUUGCAGAAAACGUAGUGGCGGUGACCAGAAGCGAGUUUUAUUACGAAUGGUUAAAACACACAAAAACAAUACAAUUUCAGGACUAUUCCAUUAUUUCUUAGCUAGAUAAGACUAAAAAGAGGUGAUGGAGUGUUGUUUAAGAAACAUUAUAAAGAAUUUAGUCAGAUUAGCUCAAAAUUAGGCAAAAAAUGGGUUUAGUUUGGUAAAAUUCGGGACGAUUUUGUGACAAGGCCGAUUGGUGUUGAAUGGCUGAAUGGUGAAAACUUCAAAUUGACACACGUGUUUUGCAUCCAUCUACGUCAUCUUCAGAAAGUCAAUCUAGUAUGUACUUCAAGUCCUGGUCGCCCAAAGAUUGACUUCGUCCAAACCGCGUUCAAAACAAAAAGAAGACGAAACGAGUUGACGAUUUAUUUAAGUCCUACAGUACUUACUGACGAUUUGGUAAUGGCCGCCCAAGUAUUGUUAUAGUUUUAUUUAAUUUCCAUUAUUUAUUAACCAGCUGUGCUCGCGUCUUUGUAUGCGUAAAAAUAGUUUAAAUAAUACUUCGGGUUUUUGCAAAAUUUUUCUUUACUGCUCCACCCCUAUUGGCUGUAGGGUGUUAUAUCGACUAAUGCCUUUCUUGAUAAAUGGGCUAUCCAAUACAAAAAUAAUUUUUCAAAUCGGGCUGUAGCUUAGUUCCUGAAAUUAGCGCGUUUAACCAAACAAACAAGGUCUUCAGCUUUGUAAUUUUCAGUAUAGAAAGCCAUCUUUAAAAGUAAUUAGGCUUAGGUUUAGCAUUAUACCUUAGUACUUUUACAGAACUAGUGCAAAGAUGUUAAAAUAUCAAGUACCAGUAUAAAAAAACAAUAAUUUACCUUAACUAACAAGUCCAGUUUAACUAGACCUCCAUACGCGUACAAAAUGUUUAAUAAAGAGGGUCAGCUUAUGCUGGUUUUUAGUUUUAUAAUUAUUAAAAGCUUUCUGUUCAUUUUUUUAACAUAUUAUAUCAAAGUAAGAGUUUUUAAAGCGUUUAGUACCUAUUCCAAGCCUUAAAUAAUUUUGUCCAGCUAGAUUGGCCUUUUGGUUCACAGUGGGUCGGGUCGGUAGUUUGUUGACCAGUAUAAAGAAGGAUAAUGUUUAUAGUUGCCGGUUAUGUUAUGGUACAAAACCUAAGUCAUAACCUAACCUAAACCUAAGUCUUAACGUAACCUAACUUAGAACUUGUAUUCUGUGUGUUUCAUUAUAAAUACUGGUUAUACAAAAUACCGUCAAAAUGCUAAUAAUAAAUAAGACGUAAUAAUUGAUUGCUGCUAGAUUACUCAUUUUAAUGUAAGUUAUAAAGUGUUGUAUCUGGUUGGAAAAGAGGCUGAUCAAGGUGACUGAGUUUCUUCCGCCACUUCUUCUCAGCACCAGCCCAUGUUAUCCCGAAGUGGUGGUAGGGCAAGCUAUAUUUGGGACGUGUAUAAGUGCCCUGGAAAGGGGAUUUAUACUGAAUAAAGUAUUUGAAUUGGAA